UUUGUGCACAAGGUGGUUGCAGAGAGGAUUUUGGUUCUCUGUGUUCUCCCGAGUCUCCCCGAGAGCUCAGCUGGACGUAUGUUCACAGAGAAGGCGGUGCUCCAGCAGUGCCACUCUCUUCUGAGGACCUUCACACUGGCUGCUAACAACACAACCGAUGUGAAUGAAUCUUGGGCUAGACUUGUCCGUGAGGUGUUCACAGAUGGCAGUUCGUCCCUCCUACCUCAUGGUUUAACUUUUCUACCUUUGAAGCCUUCAAGCCCGCCAGUACAGACAAGACUGACUAGUAUCUUACUGUACACCCUUGGAGCCAUGAAAAAGGAGACUGUCAGCAGUCAGGUCUCAGUCUAUCUACCAAGACUACUGGAGCAAGCCAUGCUUUGUCCUGAUGAGCAGUCCAGUACCAAACUCUGUGCCGUUGUGACUAUGCGACCUCAGUCUCUCCCAGCCGGAUCACAAAGGAGGUAGUAGAGGAGUGUGUGUGGGACAGUCCUAAUGUCCAGCUUGUCUGCACCGGUCGUGAACUGAUGAGCAGUGGCUCAGUGGGUUCUCCUGAGGCAAGGACAAGAAGCCUGACUGCAUGGCUCUGGGUACACUGUUCAUCAGGUGUGGCGUUCUCGCCAAACCCUCUUGGGUUGCCUCCUCCUUAACCACGUUGCUAAACCUUUUUGGAGAUGCUCUACUCUGUGCAGAUUCCGUGUCAGUCAGACUGGAGUUUCCUUCAAUUGAUACUCAAAAGACCCAGCGAAUUACCUUGAAUCCCCAGAACGAUCCACUCAUCCAUCCAAUACUGAUGCAUAAACAGCAGUUCUGUGUGGAGGUGGUUCCUGAGCUAGUGAGCCGGUUCAACAGUGCAGCACCAGGCGAGAGGCAGUACUUCCUGAGAGCUCUUUCCCAUAUCUUACAGUGUGUCCCCAGACAAGUCAUGUUGGAGCAACUUCAACUGCUGCACCCCCUACUACUGGAGAGCCUCAACACAGAUGAUGCAGGUCUGAGUCAGUCGACACUGGAAGGCAUCCACACGAUCCUCCAGAACCCCACCAGUGCUGCACUCAUGAGUGACUCUGUACCAUCUCUCGUACCUCGACUACUGACCCUGGCCACCAAGCCUGACUCUAUGAAAGUUCGCUGCUCAGCUCUGCUAUGCUUGAACAAGUUGUCUAAACUACCAAGACAUCUGGUAGUGUCCUAUCAGAGCCAGGUACUGAGGGCACUGGUGUCCUGUCUGGACGACAAGAAGAGACUGGUCCGGAAAGAAGCUGCCAGAACUAGAUCCAGCUGGUUUAUGUUGGACACUGUUUAA